GUGAGAUAGAAACUGGAGGCCCGAAAAAUAGAUGAACAUAAUCGUUCUCCGAUGGCAGAAAAGGUGUGACUGACGCAUCCAUCAUCUUCUGGAAUAAACAAUUACACUUGGAUGGCCAUGCAAAGGAGGCUGUUCUGAUGUGGUAAUUGGAGAGGCAAAGUUUUCCCACUGUUCUGCUUUAGACAAGAAGAAAGGCGAACAGACAGACAAAGAUGCACAUCUCUCUCUCACCUUCUUCAUCACCUGUCUGCCUUCAAUAAAAAUUCCCCGUCCUCUUCAUCUCCUUCUGUAUUUGUGGACUCUUUCCAACCAUGGAAAAGCUAGGGUAUUAGUACGUCCAUUCUGAUUCUGGUACUUGAAACCUGCAGAUCCCUUCCACAAUCACCAUACGCUUUUUCUGAUCCACUCCUCGGUUCAAGAUAGAUCUUCCUAAGAGGUCAGACACAGCUGCUAAUUUUUGUUCCACCCCACUGAGUUCUGGGAUUUCUCCACAUUUUCUAUUGCCAGUUUUUGCUGUUUUUAGAGACCCAUAAGCUACGAAGCGAUGGGUUUUAGGUCUGGUAUUGGGGUCAGGGGUGGGUUUCAUGCAUUGAUUUGUAGGAGAUAAUUUGUGGGUUUUGGUGCUUUUGGGCCCUUCGUUAAAAUAAUUUUGCCGGUGUCACGGCAUAGUUUGAGUUUGAGUGUUUAAGCACUGUGUCAGUGUUAUUGGAGAAGGGUUGUAGCAAUCGGGGUGUCUUUUUUGCUUUUCGUCUUCUUGAUGGGGAGUUCCAGCUUCUUCCUGAUGUGCCUUCUUCACUCUGCGAUUGCGACGACCUGUGGAGCAUUGAUGAUGUUCUACCGAAAUGAGAUCGCGGUGGUCGGCCAUGGUAAGGAGACCGCAGGUAAGCUUCUGGGAUCGACCCCACAUGAUCAAUUGCUCAUACAGACCUCCGAUUCGUUAGCGGGUAUGCUGCUUUUCGCGAUCGGGCUGCUUCUGUUCAUGGUUUCCUUCGCUAAGGACCGCGAAUUCCAGAGCUUCUUCGCCAAAGGGUGCAUUCUGCUUCAUUUUCUAAUGGCGAUGUGGAGGUUUUACUUCGAGCGUCGGUUGGAGGAUUUGGCUGGCGACUGGCCUCGGCAGGUUUUUGGGGAUUUGAUGCUCGGCCUCUCUUGGGUACUCUUCUUGGUCUAUUCAUGGAGGGAGAAGUAUGACUAAAGCAAAUUUGAAGAAAAGUCCGUCAAAAGCUGGAAGGCAUGAUGACCAUAAACGGAUUACCUGCAAGCCACAUGCUUUGAUCAAUCUUUCCUGCUAUUUAUUAUAUGAUUUAAAACUUAACUGAAGUAUAUUUAUCAGUGUGUCUGCUUCUAUGAGCUGAGUGGAGUUUAAUGCCUACCGACUA